ACAUCCUUGAAAUGCAGCAAAGAGUUUAGCUGUGACGCGUAGAGUGAUGUCUGAAUGGUGAAGUUUGUUUUUAAUUUGAACGAGUGUAUAUUUUCGUAUGAAUACUACGAAGGUUGGAGAUUAAACAGACGAAUAUGCUAUUGUGUAAAGUGUUCGAAACGUGUGCUGGAACAAUAAAUGUUAUUAACAACAGUGUCAGAUGCUGUAAUGUUGUGAAACAAGCAUCGUUUAGUUCAUACGCACCAUAUUUUAUUGACCCUGUAUUUAAGCAGAAUGAACAGAAUAGAUUAAUAGAAGAAGGAGAAGCCCAGAAGCUCUCACAUUUACCUGUGAAAGCCGCCCUAAAUGAUCAGACUUCGUCUGUUUUUCAUGAUGAUAUUGUGAGGAAAUUUACAAAUCAUGUUAUGAAAUCGGGACGGAAAGCUUUAGCCCGAGAGCUGGUACAAAAGGCAUUUGAAAACAUAAAAAGGAUACAGCUUGAACGAUAUAACAAAGCAAAUGAGCUUGAAAAGUCAAAAAUUGAAACUAAUCCACAAAAAAUUUUCCAUAAAGCUAUUGCUAAUUCAAGACCUGUGCUGCAUGUUGCACCAAUAAAACGAGGUGGUGCAACUUAUCAAGUUCCUGUGCCUAUCACUGAAAAGCGCUCAUACUUCCUGGCUAUGAAAUGGUUAAUUGAAGCAGCUAAAGACAAAGAACGCACAGUUCAUUUUCCAGAAAAGCUUGCGUGGGAAUUAGUGGAUGCUGCAAAUAAUCAGGGAAAAGUUGUUAGAAGGAAGCAAGAACUACAUAAACUCUGUGAAGCUAACAGAGCAUACGCACAUUACCGAUGGGGAUAGAAGAAAAAAAAAUACUUUUGUACUUUUUGGUAAUUGCUUUCCAUGCUGCAACAGCAACUGAAAUUUACAUUGACAUUAUAAGUCUGGAAAUACAUCUGUAGCUAAUAAAACAUUACUUUAUUUGACCAAA